AUGUGGCUCGCGGGCCAGGAAAGACGACACAAGGAGAGACAGACACACGGAAAACGACGAUCCGGUUGGUCAAUCGCCUUCUUUGGACAAACAGCACAAACCCGAAGCAAACGGGGGAAAGGCUGGCUACAGGCGUAUGCGAUAAAGUCGACAAGCAAGGCCACUGUCGGAGUGGACGAAAGCCUGGCGAUACGGUCGACCGGCGGCUGA